CCUGGCCUCCUUAGUUAUGCAAGAGAGCGCUGCAGGCCUCCUGGGGCAAUUCUGCUCCUGGGCCCGAACCGCGGCCACUCCCAUCCCAGCGGGGAGGGUGCUUUUUUCCGAAGGCAGCUUGGUCAGGUGACCGUGGCGGCUCUUAUUUAGCCGGGGACGCGGAAGGACGAGCGCUCGGAGGCCGCGGGAGAACGCUCAGGACCGGGGACUGCGAGGCCAUGCGACCCCCGAAGCUGCCCGGGCCGGCGCUCGCGCCGCUGCUCCUGCUGCUUCUGCGGCCGCCGCCGGGUUCCGCGGGCGGCCCCGCGCCCUUCGACCCGACCUGGGAGUCCCUGGACGCCCGCCAGCUGCCCGCCUGGUUCGACAAGGCCAAGUUCGGCGUCUUUAUCCACUGGGGCGUGUUCUCCGUGCCCAGUUUCGGGAGCGAAUGGUUCUGGUGGUACUGGCAAAAGGAAAAGAUACCAGCUUAUGUGGACUUUAUGAAAAAUAAUUACCCUCCUGAUUUCACAUAUGAAGAUUUUGGACCACUAUUUACAGCAAAAUUUUUUGAUGCGAACCAGUGGGCAGAUAUUUUACAGGCUUCUGGUGCCAAAUACGUUGUCUUAACUUCCAAACAUCAUGAAGGCUUCACCUUGUGGGGCUCAGAGUACUCAUGGAACUGGAACGCAGUAGACGAGGGGCCGAAGAGGGACAUCGUCAAGGAACUUGCGGUCGCUGUUAGGAACAGGACUGACCUGCGCUUCGGGCUUUACUACUCCCUUUUUGAGUGGUUUCAUCCGCUCUUCCUUGAGGAUGAAUCCAGCUCGUUCCAGAAACGACAAUAUCCAGUGUCUAAGAUGCUGCCCGAGCUCUACGAGUUAGUGAACAAGUAUCAGCCAGAGGUGCUGUGGGCAGAUGGCGAUGGAGGGGCCCCAGAUACCUACUGGAAAAGCUUAGACUUCCUAGCCUGGUUGUACAAUGAGAGCCCGGUUCGGGACACAGUGGUCACCAAUGACCGUUGGGGAGCUGGUAGCAUUUGUAAGCACGGUGGCUACUAUACAUGUAGUGAUCGUUAUAACCCAGGACAUCUUUUGCCACAUAAAUGGGAAAACUGCAUGACAAUAGACAAGUUUUCCUGGGGCUACAGGAGGAAUGCUGGAAUCUCUGACUAUCUCACAAUUGAAGAAUUGGUGAAGCAACUUGUCCAAACAGUUUCAUGUGGAGGAAACCUGUUGAUGAAUAUUGGGCCCACACGAGAUGGCACCAUUUCUGCAAUUUUUGAGGAGCGAUUGAGGCAAAUGGGAAUCUGGCUAAAAGUCAAUGGAGAAGCCAUCUAUGAAACCUACGCUUGGAGAUCCCAGAAUGACACUGUGACCCCAGAUGUAUGGUACACAUCCAAACCUAAAGAUAAGUUGGUCUAUGCCUUAUUUCUCAAAUGGCCCAUAUCAGGACAGCUCCUUCUUGGCCAGCCCAAAGCUACUCUGGGGGCAACAGAGGUUAAACUCCUGGGACAUGGACAGCCCCUUCACUGGACAGCUUUGAAGCAAAAUGGCAUUAAGGUAGACCUGCCUCAGCUAACCAUCCAUCAGAUGCCCUGCCAGUGGGGCUGGGCUCUAGCACUAACUAAUGUGACCUGAUCUGCAGUAGAGUGCUUCCUGACGCAGUUACAGCUAAGACUAGAAUGUAUAUCAGGUUUCUGUAACUACAGCACAUGGACAAAACAAAUGUAAAAUUGGCCAAGAAUUUCCUAAAUUA